GGUUGAUAAGAAUUCAAAUGCCUGAAAAGCCACUCCACAGAUCCUGGCAUAGAGGUCGGGACUUCGUGUAGAACCGUAUGCAACAGCCUGCUCUAGUAUUUCCCUCAUUAAACCAAAGCCACGGAUGGAAAGGAACUCACCUGGCGGUGCAGGUCCGGUGCACGUGCCGCUGGGGCAUAUUGUGGCUAAUGAGAAAUGGCGUGGGUCCCAACUGGCCCAGGAGAUGCAAGGAAAAGUUAAACUCGUGUUUGAGGAGGGUCUGGCAUUGGCAGAUUUUUACCUGUCCAGCAGAUCUUGCAUUCUCUAUGUCACUGAAGCGGAUUUGGUGGCGGGACAUGGCUACAGAAAGAGACUUGUUCGUGUUAGAAAUUCUGGACAUCUUCAAGGGAUUAUAAUAGUUGAAAAAACACAGAUAAGUGAGCAGUACUUUCCAGCAGUCCAGAAGUUUAUCGUGCUUAACCUUGGGAUGGCAUUGCUCCCCGUAGCCAACCAGUUGGAAGCAUCCUGCCUCAUUACCCAGUUGGUUCAAGAGCAAACCCAGGAGCCCAGCAGGAACCCUUUCCUCAGGAAGAAGCGGUGUGUGCUCUCUGAGCUGUCCCUUGUUCAGACUGUGCAGCAGAUCCCAGGGGUUGGAAAAGUUAAGGCUCCUCUUCUGCUGCAGAAGUUCCCAACCAUCCAGCACCUGAGUAACGCUUCCAUCCAAGAACUCGAGGAGGUCGUGGGACACGCUGUGGCACAGCAAAUCCACGCCUUCUUCACCCAACCUCACAGACAGCAGCCCUACAGCUAACUUUCCCUCCUGUCCACUACGGACUACAACAUCUGGGUUCCAUACUUCAAAAGGAAGAAAAAAGGCCACCUCUCAGUGGCAACAGGUGAAAGACAAAGCGAGGACCCACAGAGCUCACAUACAAGUCACCCUGCCUUGUCCACCCAGGCCUUGGGCGCUUCGGUGGCACUGUCUACUUUCUGCUGAGGUCAAAAGGAUCUCGUGAGGAUCAUCCAAAGGGUAUCAGACUCAUGGCAGCGGCAGCCAGCUCCAUGAAAAAGGUCCUGGGAGGUUCCAGGCGGCGCUGUGUAGGGAGUGCCCCUAUUCCCAGUGUCAAGGCCACGCAGCCCGGGUCUUCUCUGCACACAUCAGGUACCUGUGUUCUGGGGACGUUGCCGAUGUAAACAAAGGCUCUCUUCCCUCAUCUCAUCCCCCUUCGCCCCGCCCUCAACACAAUAAAAAUAUUUAGUGCCUCAGAUGAAUAACAAUUCAGAAGUAAUUCAAAUGAAAUAAAAGCACAGGGAAAUAUGAA